AUGUCGUCUCCAAAGCCUGCUUCUGCACCGAAUAACGAGUCGGAGGCUCCUCAGACUGGUGCGGGGUCACAACUAGAGUUCGAUGACUUUGGACUGCCUAUUCGGAAGAGCAAGGAUCGUACGUCACCGGUGGAUUCGAGUCCGAGCUCGCCGGCUUUUCAUGAUGCAGAGGAAAUAUCAACGUCGGAUAAGAAAGAAACCCCAGGUGCUGGUGAGGCGGAUCAGCAGCAGCAACAUCAGCAGCAAGAAGAAGCUGUGACGAACAAUGAUGUUAUCACGCCACGGGACAGAGAAGAGAGCCAUGUACCUUCUCAAAAAACAGAACCUCAACAGUCUACUUCGGUUACCGGACUAGGUGUGACAAUUGAAGAGACGGCACAUUCGGAAUCGAAGGAAACUGGAAACCCACCCGUUAAUGGCGCCACAGUGGAGGAAGAGAGCAAACCAAACAGUCCUGAUGCUAAGAGGCAUUCUCACGAUAAACAUAAUUCAAUAGGCGCUUCGGAAUGGUCUCACCAAAAACUGACCGAAGAACAUAGCGAUGAAGAAAGUGAUAGCGAAGGAGAAUGGAAAGCUAUGCCAGCUCUCGGAGAACUCGACCAUUAUGAUGAUUAUGGCAGAUUGGUCGCAAAGGCCUCAGGCCUUGACGGUGAAGAUUAUGCAGACAUGUCAGGGGCUGGGCGGGGAUACACCCGAGUGCAGCUAGAUGAUGAUGCACACUCCGCAACAAGUAUGGAUGAGGAUACAAGUUAUCUAUUCAAAGAAAGCCACGGCACAUCACUUGGAAUUGACGACGAUACUCGCGAUGCACUCAGUCAGCUCCAGGCUACGAAAGUUAUACUGAGUGAAGGCCAGCGUAUCGCUUAUGUCGGUGUGGUCAGGCUAUCGAUAUAUCAAAUGACUAAAGAUCUCGAAGGCACUCCGGCAAUAAAAUCUUCCAAGAAGGCCUUCCAAGAUGCAUUGGACUCCAUGAAGAAAUGGAGUCAGGGCGUAAUGGUGCGAAUCUUCGCACACAUGGAUAUUGAUUCUGCCGAGCAAGUCAUGAUCGAGCAGCUUGCUGAACAUGGGGUACAGUCCGCCGAUCUUGUACCUACACUAAUGAAAAGUUCUCACGUCAAGAAUCCUCUUGCCGAGGAGGAAGGAUCAUCUUUGGGUUCUCCUUCCGUUUCAUCUCCCAGCCUUAAGAGCGAGCAUAGGGACAGCCCCGGCUUGUCGGAUACUCAAAAGUCCUUUGAAGAGGAAAAAGUUGAGCCGUCGACACCUCAAAUUGCGGAGCCAGAUGGAGUGCCAGAAGUGCAAACCCCGUCUCAAAUGCCCACGUCAGCUAAGAUAGAAAUCGAUCUUCGUUGGACCGUCCUUUGUGACCUGUUUCUUGUGCUCAUUUCAGAUGCCAAUUAUGAUGCUCGGUCACGUUACUUGCUAGAACAGGUUGGCAAAGCGAUGAACAUCUCGUGGAUGCAGAUAUGUCGAUUUGAGAAAAAAGUCAUUGACGCGUUAGAGAUGGAGCAAGCCGCUUCGAAAGAGACAUGGGAUGAAGCAGAUCAUAUGGAAGUACGGCGAAAGGAAGCAUUGAAGAAGAAGUACAUGAUUAUGGGACUGGCAACAGUGGGCGGUGGUCUAGUUAUUGGUCUAUCAGCUGGUUUGCUAGCGCCUGUUAUUGGCGCCGGUAUUGCUGCGGGUUUUACGACUAUUGGCAUUUCCGGUACAGGCGCCUUUUUGGGUGGAGCUGGUGGCACGGCUUUGAUUGCCUCUGGUGCUACCCUCACGGGAAGUUACUCUGGGUUGAAGGCAUCUCAUCGUCGAACUGGCGCUGUGCAGACAUUUGAAUAUCGCCCACUACAUAACAAUCAAAGAGUCAACCUGAUUGUCACGGUCGCUGGCUGGAUGACCGGAAAGGUUGAUGACGUUCGGUUACCUUUCAGUACAGUAGAUCCAAUCAUGGGGGAUAUAUACUCUGUUUUCUGGGAACCUGAUAUGCUGCAAAGUAUGGGUUCAACCAUCAACAUUCUAGCAACAGAGGCAUUGACUCAAGGUUUACAACAAGUUCUUGGCAGCACCAUAUUGACAGCAUUAAUGGGAGCGUUGCAACUUCCGAUCGUCCUUUCGAAACUGGCUUAUUUGAUUGACAACCCAUGGAACGUUUCAUUAGUGCGAGCAAACGCAGCUGGUUUGAUUCUCGCGGAUUCUCUAAUGAGUCGUAACCUUGGAAAAAGACCAGUCACUCUUCUCGGUUUCUCACUGGGCUCGCGAAUGAUCUUCUCUUGUCUCAAGGAGCUUGCGAAAAAGGGCGCAUACGGUCUCGUCCAGAACGUUUAUUUGUUUGGUUCCCCAGUCGUUGCAAACAAAGACGAGUAUUUGAAAGCAAAGAGCGUUGUGGUUGGGAGAUUUGUGAAUGGCUACUCAACCAAUGACUGGAUUUUGGGCUACCUGUUUCGGGCUACGAGCGGUGGAAUAAUGCGUGUGGCCGGUCUUGCCCCGGUCCCGGACAUCCCCGGACUCGAGAAUGUGGAUGUCACUAAUCUAGUCAGCGGUCACAUGAACUACCGUACUGCCAUGCCGCGAUUGCUGCGGGAGGUCGGGUGGGAGGUGUUGAGCGACGAAUUCGCAGAAAUCGAAGACCCAGACCCCGAAAACCAUGCCGAGCGGCAACGUGAACUGAUUCGUGAAAUCGACGAGGCACGCAGGGAAGCCGAGCAAAAGCCAGACAAGAAACGAUUCGGCCUGUUCAAACGAUCUAAACUGGCCAAGAAGAAAGGCUGGGAAAUGUACGACGCAGAUCAAGCCAAGGAAUCACCGCAUAGCUCCCCUGAUCCGUCAUCGUCCAUACAUGAAAGCGUUCUCUUCGAUAUCGAUGCUAUCAAGGCGGAGCUGGCAUCUGAGCAAAUCGAAGUGAAGCAGUUAGAAUCCACUCUACCUCCGAUUAAAGUGGAGUUGAACGAACCUCAAACUUCCAGCACAAACUCGCCCCGUCCAGAUCUUAAGCAAUCGAAAAGUGCCGAUGAUGCUGCUACAUUAGUGGACAAGCAGUCCACAGCAAAAGACAUAAAGACUUCACCUCCUAGUCAAACGACGACCCCGGAUACGAAACCUGGCCAUGAACCGUCGGCAGGCAGCCACGAUAAUGACGCGCAGUUGACCUUUGACACCUCCUAUCAUGCCCCAUUGUCAGAUGCCCGACCAGCGCUCCUUUCGGCAGCUACAAUGCCCACUGAUUUUGGACAUAAUGCAUGGGCUGAAGGCCAUGGCCAAGGUGAGGAAGAAAUUCAUAUGACGUUUGAAUGA